UUUCGUCACUGCUUAUCUCGAGCUCGGAGCAAAAAUGAAGCUCGUCGCCUUGAAGUUGUUCGCGUCAAUAAUAAAGAAACCCUACCGAUACAGGUUACCUGUAGCGACGAUACCGGAGCGAGUGUUCGCGAGCAUACAUUCGCACAAUGAUCAAGUGAACGGGAAUUUGUAAAGUCGUGCUCGUUCGAACGCUGUCAGAGAGAAAUCAAGACUUCAGGGAAUGUAACGAAUCCGAUAAUGCUAAUACGAAGAAUCUGGUCGUUCCUCCGGGGAGUACGAUGAAUUCGAAGUGACAACGACGUGUCCGUGCGUCCGUAGACAUUUCUUUUCGAUUGCCAACUUUUUCAUACCGUUUGGUUGACUUUACCAGGAAUUUUCGAGUCUCCCUACAAUCGGUUCGAUCCCCGAUGAGAAAGUAGCCAGAAUCCUUUUUGCCCGUCGCGAAUCCAACGAAAUUCAAGAUCCAAGGGAAAACGAGCGAAAUGGAACGGUGGAAGGCCACCGUGUAUGUGCCUUGUAUAUAGACGGCUGGCGGUAGAAGCGCAGGCGCAACUUUCGGUGAGCGGUGAGUCGUCGGCAUUGAGAAACGAACACAGUGCGCGAGAGACCGAGCUCCGACGACGCUCGCGUCGAUCGAACGACGAUCGACGAUCGAUCGAUAGUGAGCGUGUGCUCGUGUCCGUGUGCGUUGGACAAAUGUACGCGCGCGUGUGCGUGCUCGUCAAGUGUGUCUGUGAUAAUUGUCCUCCGUGCGUAAAAUCGUAACCGCAAAGGUGGUAAUUGACCCCGUUCCCUGAAAAUUUCGACCGCGCCAAUUCAUCGCCUUUUCCCAGCGCCCGUGCGUGCAGUUUUUUCUCCGCUGCCAGCCAGGAUAUUCUUCGGACUACGUAUAAUAAAAUCGCUCGCAAAAAGUUGUUGUGCACCUGUGAAACAGGCUAAUUUCAGUGCACGUGCGUCUCAAGGAAGCGUCGAAGAUACGUACAUAUUAUUAAAUACACGUGUACGCAAACGUGUAUGCAUGAAUUUACGUACAUUGGAGAGUCGCGAAGCGCCUUCGUUUGAGUUAUACAUUGAAUUCCCUCGGUGGUGAAAGGUUGGAUACGUUAUGAUCCAUUCUUGUUAUAUUCAUCGCUCUUAUUUCCUAUUUAUGCUUCGAUCUGUUGAACUUCAACCAAUUCGUGCUGUAUUUAACGUGUUAAUUUGUGUUGGAAUUGCUAAAUUUAUUGCUCAUUCCGGGGGCUAAUUCGAGUGCGAGUAUCGAGGGUACGAAAACAAGGAAUCUCGUAGUUUAGUGCCUGAGAUAGCGAAUGAUAUAGAGUCGAGAAUCAUUUUCAUAACAACACAACCAUGGGAAAUCAUCCGUCCGCCCACCAACCGCUCGAAAGAGCCACGAGUUACAGCGGCAACGCGCUUCGGCUAUCGAAGCGCGAAAAAUCGCCGGGUAAAAGAAUGGAUCGAUUGAGGAGAAGCUUCCGGGACAGCUUCCGAAGACGAAAAGAUCCACACGUGCCAGAAUCAAGCAAACCGCAUCAAUGGCAGGCCGACGAGAGUGCAGUACGUUCGGCGACUUGCGCGUUUCACGUAAAAUAUCUGGGCUGUGUGGAAGUUUUCGAAUCGAGGGGGAUGCAGGUAUGCGAGGAAGCCCUCAAAGUUCUCAGGAACUCGAGACGGAGACCGGUUCGAGCGAUACUUCACGUAUCUGGAGACGGGCUUCGUGUCGUCGAGGACGAGACCAAAGGUCUCAUAGUCGAUCAGACAAUUGAGAAAGUCUCGUUUUGCGCACCUGACAGAAACCACGAAAAAGGAUUCAGCUACAUAUGUCGUGAUGGUACCACCAGACGAUGGAUGUGCCAUGGUUUUCUUGCCCUUAAAGAAUCGGGGGAGAGACUGAGUCAUGCGGUUGGGUGUGCAUUCGCCGCGUGUCUCGAGCGAAAGCAGCGGAGGGACAAAGAGUGCGGUGUGACGAUGACCUUCGAUGCAAAAACGUCGACUUUCACGAGAAGCGGAAGCUUCAGGCAGCCCAGUUUAACGGAAAGAUUGCAGGACACGCGGGAACGCUCAGUCGAUGCACCACCGGUCAAACAGGUAUUCAAUCCCUUUGCGAUUGAGAGACCACACGCGACACCGUCGAUGCUAGAACGCCAGGGCUCCUUCCGUGGCUUCAAUCAACUGAACCAAGCGUCACCGUUCAAGAGACAAUUGAGUUUACGUGUCAGUGAUCUCCCGAGUAAUCUGGAACGGACGCGUAGCCAUAGCCUCGAACCCACUGAUCUUGCGAGGAUACCGCAGAGCCAUCCUCACAUAAUGCCCCUCAAGCCACCUGUAUUCGAUGGAUAUGACGAAGUGAGUCCAAUACCGGAAAUUUCGCCCAGUGGACAAGACAGCGUGGCAGCAAUGUGCCAACAACUGUCCCAAGGUCUCUCACUUCUCUCCAGUAGCGACGAUUAUGGACCACUACCAUCCCAGACAACGGUCUCUAAACAAUUAUUUCCUGCACGAUCGACCCCACCAGUAACAACUAGCAAUUCGAUGGAUGACAUGCGACUGCAAAAUGGCUCGGCGAUGAACAAUAUUAUAAACAACAAUAACAUAAACAACAACAAUGACGAAAGAACGGCGACAACGAACGUAAAUCGCAUGGAGAUGAGUUGGCACGAAUCAUCGUCGACCAUUUCCCUGACAACUUCGAAUCAAAGGCUGACGCCCAUCCUCAAUAGCAGCGGCAAUUUAAGCUCCGCAUCGGCAACGCAAAGUGAUACGCAUAACUCCUCAGGGAUCAAUCCCACUUCGUCGACGAGUCAACCGAAUCGCCUCGGUGCAUUGCGAACGUCUCCUGCUGCGAGUCCGUCCUUCAGUAGCCCUUUAUCCUCCUCGUUUGGAAGUUCUGUUGCAUCGACUGUCAACAAAUCACCCAUACCGAUGAAUAGCGUAACGUCGAUAGCGAGCUCGACGAACAUAAGUGCUACAGAGUCUUUGCCAAAGACCAUUACGAGUGUUGUUGGUCAAAUGGAACCUUUAGUAGCUCAUUCCGAUAUUGAGAAAGUCGAAACGAUGGGAUCGUCGGUGCAAGCUCCAGGAGAAUUGCCAAAACCUGAGCAAUGGUUGGGUAGUGUAACGGGUUCGGUACCAACGUCAGUACAGAUGGUAGCUCCGGUGCAACAAGUGGCACCGCGUCGAGCCCCGCCCCUUCACGCUCGUGCCCUAUCAUUGGGUUCGGCGGCCAUGGGAAAUGCGUUACGAGGAGGAAUCUCUGACCCUUUUGAUGCCGAAUGGGCAGAAAUAGCUGCGCGGAAUUUGCGCCAAGCGAACGCAACGACGAAUCCAUUUAUCCUACCGAACACAACUCAAGCUUUUCAGGUGCAACUCUAGCGUUGUGAGUUUGCAAAUAGUAUAACUCAAUAUUAUCGCAACAACACAUAAUGAUGGCUGAUGCUUUGCGAGCCCAGAAUGAUCGAUGAAAUUCAAGAUCGAAAGUACUGUACUUAAAAAAUGACAAAGAAACUGACUAAGUAAAUAUGCAUAUGACAACAAAGUCGAUAAAAAUAAUUCCAAUGAAGUAAUAAAAACUAAAAAUCUAAUUAAGAAAAAUAUAUUUAAAAGGUUAGUCCAACGCUGGAAAUAAACGAUUGCGUGCGUUCCAACGUCGUAUGGUUCUAUUUAAAAGAAACUAUAAUAACUGUUGAUUGGAGCCUCGCUGACUAUUGCUUCAGCGAGGGGUUAUUGCCGCAUAAAGUUUUACUGAUUUUCCUCCGUUGUGAUAACAUAUAGUUGAAUCGCGUAUAUAGUAGAGGAAAGGAAGCUAAUUUGGAAUAUAAAAAAACGUGUAUAAUGCUAUCCCAAAUUAGCUGCACUUACUCUGAGCAUAUAGAUCGAGUGACAAACUUACAUAACCGUAACUCGACCAUGCACCGUAGCAUUAUGGCGAUUGCUGAAUCAUUUUAGUAUUUUUCUCAGUCGGCUCGUUCAGAAGAAUUCGAUUAACGCACAAGAAUUAUCAUUUUAAUAGCAAUCUAUUUUUAUUGCCACAGAAAUGUUUAAAUUUCUAGUGAUAGAGUAUAUUUGGGUUUCAAGUAAAUGUUUGUGACUAAUUGUUGAACUGGAUUGUUCCCGUCCGAGUGACGGUCGAAAAAUGUGCAUUUGUUUAUUUUUUUUUUCCGGUAGUGUAGAAUAAGAGUUAUUUGAGUCUACAUUUGAAACCCAAUAGAAUUAUUGUUGCGAAAAUCCACGAUUUGUUCUAUUAUUGAAAAUAAAUAAAAUGCAUUGAUAAAAAAAAAUGAGAAAAAACCGUGAAAAAAAAAAAAACACUUUCUUCCAGUUACUGUUCCUUUGAUCGGACUUCGUGGGGGGAAUACUUAUUAUAACGCAAUCGUUGAAUCGCUCAAAAAGUAAAGUUUCGCUGUAAGAUCGACCCUAGACUCUUAGACUCCAGUAAUUCUGCAAUUUCUUUUUCGUAGAUAAAGUGGAAGUCGAAACGUGCAAAAUAGAUGCUAAUCCAACGAGUCCGCCGAUGAAGAGCGUAAAUAACAGAACUUGUUACUAAUGUAGUAUAAAGAGUUGAUUAUUAAAAAUGGGAAAAAUACCAGGUCGUAAUCAAUGUUCUCACGCAAUGGCCACGCUUCCCGUGACAUGCUCUUUCCAUAUAUUAUAUUAUAUCAGAUUAAGAAAAUUCUAAUCAGCUCGUACUUGAAGAAAAAAAGAAUUUUCAUCGCGUCGCCAUUCUAAAGAAUCUUGAGAGUACGGAUCAGUCUCCCAACCUCGUUACGAUCUCUCACAGAUGAAAUUUUCCGACGCGGCUCGAUUGAUUAUUAAAAAUCUCCGCUGGCCCACGCAGAAUGGUCCUGAACAAUGUCACUUUUGAAAGUCGCUGCUUUCUCGCAUUCAACGGUGGCGGGAUACCGACUGACCCAUACUCCGGAGGUGAUCUAUUGGUAUAGCGGUCCGAAUAGUAUAUAUGCACAAGGUUUUCUGGAACACGCUCGAUACCAAGAGGAAAACGAGACUCUCACGUUGUUCUGUCAUUGGGCGAGAACAACUUGCAACGUUUUUUUUUUCUCUUAGCACUGAGCGUGUUCGAAUGAACCGAGCAUCUGCUUCUUCGUUAUCUUGCUCGCACUCACCUUACUGAUGGAUCACCUUAAAGCUAGUUAGUACGAUAUACGCACAUUGUAGAAAAGUAAGAACCGGAAAUGAAGUUGAAUAAAAAAUCGAAUAAUUUAUGCGUUUUCGUUGACGCGGUGUUCCUUGGGGAAAAAAAAGAAGAAAAAUACAAAAUUGAACUAUUAAAAAUGAUGAUGCGAUCGCGAAAACUUAAUAUAUUUAACAUAUACGUGUCUAUAGUUAUAUAUGUGUACAUACAUGCAUUUUUGUGUAUAUAUUCGGAUGAUGAAAAAAAUGAACUUUUUUUUGGUGCUGCAAUUGAAUAUGUACCAAAAGUAUUUAUCAGUGUCAAAGAUACAACGUUGAAAUGUGAAAUUUUCAUGUACUCUCGACGAAUACCACUUGACGAUAUUUCUUAACUUUUUUAUUGGUGGCAAGAGAGUAAAUGUUUGCGAAAGUUUCUUUCGGGUUGACACACUCGAUAAGAAAAACGGUUCCCUUAAAAAUUGCAAAUCUCAUUAUUUGAAAUCUUUGCUCCGCUCGAAUAAUCGCUUUUUUUAAAAAAACUUUAAAAAUUUUUUCAUGAAGCGUAUUUAGUUGCAACACCAAAGAGUUGAAGAACCAGUUAUUUUAACGAUCAUUCUAAUGUGUACGUACUAAUGUGUACAUGCGUAGCAUUGUCCAGAGAACAGUUAAAAGAUAAAAUUGACGUUAUAGAUUGAGAAGAAUGUAGAAAAUGAAUAUAACGAGUGAGCAUCUCCAUGUGCUGCACGAAAUUGUCCAACGUGUAUCCAGACCAUAUUACCUGAUUAUUAUUAAUUACAGGGUGAUAAAAAAAUCACCCGAGAAUCUAGCAUCGGAUAUAAAAAAUGACACAAGUUAUCCAAGCACGAAUGUUGACCUGGCAUCGCGACUUAGUGCGAUAAGAGAAGGCAACAAGAGACACAAAACGUAGCAUAAAAUAUGUGCAGGUCCAAAUUCACCAUAAGCUUCUUGCAAGCACCUUUGGGUUUCGGAAAUUACUAAUAUCCAAGUCAUUAUAUAUAUAUAUAUAUAUUAAAAUACUCAAACCAUUUGUUCGUAAGGGUCUUUUGAAAUUGGUAAAUCGUCAGGAUAUAUUAAAAGUCGAGCACAUAAGAGUGCGACAGGGUUUAAGGGGUCGUGCCAGCUUUUUUAGGCUCGGCGUUAGCCGCUACCGCGGCUUUUCAUAUUCGUCGCAUGUGCUAUUAUAUAAAUAUGUAUAUUGAUAUGUACCAAUUAUUCAGAUGAUUCCUUGCUCCUAAAUUUCGAAUACCGAGAAAAAAGUAGAAAGAAAAAAAACCCAAAACAGACGACGUGCCGUAUUUUCGAGUUGAAAACAUUGCGUGCUUGUGGUUAUGUGCCACGCAGAAUUAAGUCCACUUGUACAAUUAAUAAACGCUGGCAGCACUAUGAUUUUCGACUAGUUAUGCAAACUUCCACACAAUCGAAAAUCUUAAUAUAACGUAUAAAACAGAAAUUGCAUCCCGACUUUAUGCAGUUAAAAAUCCUACGAGACCAUAUUCACAGAUAGAUUAGAGCAUAGCAGAUGGAACGAAGCAAAAUAUAGAGCAAAUUCUCAAAAAAUAUAAAUAUUAAAAAAACGACAGAAAUCAAUCCUUUGAGGAAGUUAAAAGAUGCGUGUUCACCAUGUCUUCAAAAAUUGGUCGUUGGUUUACAGCCGAGCUCAAAUUGUUGAAUAAAUGAGUAUGUUUUGUUUUUUCAAUUUUCGAAAUACCAAUAAUUUGUAACCUUGACGAUAUUCUUGCCAGAAAAGUGCUCACUCGAAAUUCACUCGCUCGACAGUUUAUUCUGUCAAGCAAUUUCUUUAUUCAAUUUUUUAUUAUUUUCCUUUGAUUGACUCAUUUUAAGUAAUUGAUUUUUUUGGCAUUCUAUAAGAAAUUACAUCUCUUCAAAAUGAUUGCGACAAAGCUAAUUGAGAGUCGUGGCAUUGACUCGAGGUAAGUCCGGCACAUGUGCUACGUGCAAGUCCCUACAGUGGUUUUUACUCGAUACAGAAAGAGAUUCAAUAGGAAAAAUUUGAAUGGAAGAUUCUUCCGCAUUGAAUUUUUCUCUGUAUCAGAAUUUUCUAUGCUUUAUUCUGAUUCGUACUGUGUAAAAAAAAUUGUACUUUUUAUUAAUUGGAAGAUUUUUUGUUAAUGGCUUCGAAUAUAUUUGACUAUUAAUAUUAUAAUAGUUUUUAUUUAUUUGAUGACUUUGUAAAGUCGAGACUUAAUUUUAAAAAAUGAAAACCUUCUGUACCUACACACAAUUUUCACGAUAUCGCUCGUUUUAAUAUUGCGUAAUAAAAUUUAAAAGAUGGCUAUUGUACGAUCAGCUCUUCUCAGGGUUGUCAGCAAUGCAUCGUCGUUUUCAUGACUCGAUA